GGAUCGACGCUGACUCGCACUCCGUUAACGCAACCCCGACACGUUCAGGCUGCCACCGGGAGGAAAAGAAGGAGGUCCACCGUCUUCUUGAGAUCUCCGUCUCCGUCAGUUUCUGGAUAAAAAGGGUGAGCCCGCACUCCCCUUCGGGAACAACGCUCGUAGCCACUGGCCACUAAACAACAACAACUCAUCAGAAGGAGAAGACCGGAGGAGAGACUAUUCGCGACGCUGCAUAAAUUAAUUCAGCCCAGAGGAAGUGGUCUCGGAAAAAGGCACCUCAACUCACCAGAUCCCAGAUCUGUCAGUGUGAUGGGGAGGAGUUCAGACCCACCUGACCACGUCCAGCGUCAGAGGCCCGUGAGUGUGGUCACCACUUUGGCCGGGACCUCGCUGCUCCUCACCCUCACCAUCCUCCUCCUCUUCGUGGGCAACAGCAGUCCCCAUCCGGCCGCUUCCUCCUUCGCCACCGGGGAGGAGAGGCGCAUCAUGAUUUGUUCAGACCGGCUGCUCCUAGGAAUCCAGUUCUUCUGUCGCAACCCCUCCCAGUUCCGCUACAUGAUGGGCUUCGGAGGAGGGGGCGGAGGGGGGGAGAGCAGAAAACGGAGUGGGGACAUGAUGAUGCUCCGACUUCCGCGCCUCGUGGAUCAGGAGGGGUACGAGAAGGGGGACGACGACGAGGAGGGUGACGAGGCUGACGAUGACGUCGUCGACGACGAUGGGGACGAGCUCUUAAGGGAAGACGAGGACUCCUCAUAUUUGGACUUCAGGAGGAAGAACAUUGUGGACGCUUGUUGCAGAAACGCCUGCACGGAGGACGAAUUUCACCAAUUUUGUAAACUCGGAGGCCAGGGGCGACCUGCUACAACAACCACGACGACACCACCACCCCCACCUCCAUCCCGAAUAUUGCCGCAGGCAUUGUGGAACCAACUCCUAUCCCGGCAUCGACUCUCGCUUCGAAGCAGCACUUGGGGUCAGGAGGUCGUCAGGUCGUCUCCUGCCCGAACUGAGGAUGAGAUCCGAGUUAACCUCAUUCGGGAAGCCGUUCGCUGCUUGUACGACCCGAAAUGUAGUGGGCGUGGGCAGGUUGAAGGGUCCUCGCGUCGGAAAGGGGUCGGGAAGAAGCACAGGGUUGCCACCACCAACAGGACCAAGAAUUUCGGGGGAGGAAAUGCAGUGGGGAAAAUCAAGACGAUCUCUCCUCUCGUAAAGUCAUGCUCGCCAACAAGAAGACUGCAAAAGAUGACAAAGGAGGAGCAGUCUCAGAUCUACCCCUACCUGCUUCGAAUGCUGACUUGGAUCAUUCCGGCUAAACCGGAGCAACAGUCGGCACCGGAACAGGAACCUCAGUCCUCCCCCAGGAUUGCCGACUCACCUCUAAUUUACGAAAUGUCGGGUGGUCGAAUUUCGCCAUCGUCUCGACUCCAGAUCCCCAAUUCGUCUCGCUUCAUCAAUGGUGGGACGACGACCUCUGGGGGGAUAUUUGGAAUGCCCUCUUUCCAUCGGCGGACGACCCAUCCCACGCGGUCGCAUGCCACCCACAGACGACCCCCUCACCCCGAAGAGAGCCCAGCAACAGCAGGCGGGCCUCACAUGAAGCUAUCCGUCGUCACGGACCCCCCCAUCGAAACCAAAGUGGGAUUCGGUCUGGGCACUCAUGAAGGCGUCCUCUUCAACAAUUAGCGCUGGACUCCCAACCUGUACAGUGAUCACGUGUGAAGGAGGACACGCGGAAGGAUUUCUUAGAGCUAAAGCAUAAAUAUUACUUAAUUGUCUACUAUAUACCCAAGAGUAAUACAGUCUAGUCCUACACGUCUUCAACUUCAUUGAUCUUGCAUAACUUAAUUACAGUUUACUAUGUACAUAACGUUAAGUAUUAGUAAGUAAUUAGUGAGAGACAGAAUUAGUGAGUAAAGCAUACAAUUAAUUUAGAAAUGUUAGUAUUCCCUAUUCAUUAAUUUGUUGCACAUCCGUACGCAAUAUUAUUAUGAGUGGAUGAAUAUCACUACUUUCUAAUUAAUACUGGGGGAAAAGCAGUUUAUAAUUAUCGAUGUUUAGCAGGUAGGUAGUCGUAAUUAAGUAGCUAUAAUUUCACACAUUGCUAUACGUAUGUAUUCCUGGAUUUGAGUAUCCUACCCUGUCAAUCGUCCAUCCUGUUCGAGACAUCCUUGGGAUCAGUUGCUCUCCUUGCGUGGCUGACACUGUUCCAAAAUUAUUUAUCCACUCUGUAUUGAUAGCUAGCUUUUAAGACAGUUUUUAUUACACUUGUCAAUCAGUAUGUGAUCACAUCUUGUAAAUACACAUCUUCUUAAAAGAAGUAACUUAUACAUAGGUAGUGUAAAUUUUAGCAUAUUUCGCACAUAGAAUUUUAGCAAAUCUAUUUCUUUCUAGUAUCCUAAUUGCAUUCUGAUUGCUAGUUUUUCCUUGAAAUCAGUGCUCACUUUUGUGUAAUAGUUUGCAUGCAGGUUAACAGUUCAAGUUUAAUGUACCUGUUAAGUAGUUAUCGAUUUCUGGUUAAAGUUACGAUUUUGUUUCAAGAAGCUAGAGACUUACCAUUUUGUAGUGUAACGUAACGUAAUGUAAUCGUGUAUUAUGUGUGUACAUAUGUAUCCGUACUCGUGGUGGUGUUAAUGCUGAUUUGAUUUAUGGAGUGCAUUCUGCACAAGUCACAAUCUUGAAAAACAUAACUCUAAGUAGAAAUAGAAAAAUAUUCUGAAUUUGGUCGAAUAAUCACAAAAGAGAAAUAAAUAUAUGGCAAUGAAGGGUUUGAAUGCAAUAUAA